CUAGAUACACCAGAUCCACAAGUCCCGGUGUCUUUAAAAGGAUCUGCCUGGGGAAUAAGGCUCAUCUGAGUACUGUGACAUUCACCUUGAUUGUAGUGGGAAGUCCAGCGGCCAGUCUGCUGCCACUGACAUUAUGAAGGCCUGUGUCUCCCUGAUAGUGGCCAUGCUCUGUGGCCUGGCAUGGGCUGGAAACCCGGAGUCGUGUGUGUCUCGCUGUGAUGAGGAAUUUAACCGGGAUGCAGUCUGCCAGUGUGAUCGUCAGUGUCCCCAGCAUGACGACUGCUGUGAUGACUAUGGACAUCUGUGCACUGCUGAAGAAGGGCCCCCAGAGCCAAAGGCAUUCCUCCAUCCAGAGGAUGAGAUUCCAGUCAACCACCUGUACUCUGCACCAAACUCCUGCCAGGGCCGCUGCCGGGAAGCCUACGACAAGCACCACCCUUGCCACUGUAAUGACCGAUGCCAAAAGUUUGGGGACUGCUGUGAAGAUUUUGACAGCCUGUGUGGUGACCAUGAGGGCUUCUCCCACAGCAGCGAUGCUAUAACCAAUGAGGAACUUCAGGGUAUUUCUGAGACGAUCUACAAGGUAGAUACCAACAAAGCCCGCAAGGAAGACAUUGUCCUCAACAGUCAAAAUCGUGUCUCCCCCUCAGAGACAGGAAGCCAAGUGGAUCGCUGCCCAGAGCCGCUCUUCACUUAUGUCAACGAGCAGCUGUUCUCCAAGCCAACCUACGCAGCUUUCAUCAACCUGCUCAAUAACUACCAGCGGGCCACGGGCCACGGGGAGCACUUCAGCACUCAACAGCUGGAGGAGCAGGCUGUCUUCCUCAGGGAGGUCAUGAAGACAGCUGUCAUGAAGGAGCUCUAUGGCUUUCUCCAUCAUCAAAACCGCUACAGCUCUGAACAAGAGUUCGUGGACGAUUUGAAGAACAUGUGGUUUGGGCUCUACUCAAGAGGCAGUGAAGAAGGGGACUCGAGUGGCUUUGAACAUGUCUUCUCAGGUGAAGUGAAGAAGGGCAAGGUGACUGGCUUCCACAACUGGAUCCGCUUCUACCUGCAGGAGAAGGAGGGCCUGCUUGACUAUUACAGUCACAACUACGAUGGGCCUUGGGAUUCCUACCCCGAUGUCCUAGCUAUGCAGUUCAGCUGGGAUGGCUACUACAAGGAAGUGGGCUCGGCUUUCAUUGGCAGCAGCCCCGAGUUUGAGUUUGCCCUUUACUCCUUGUGCUUCAUCACCAGGCCGGGCAGGAAGUGCCACUUGAGCCUGGGUGGCUAUCCUUUGUCCAUCCAGACCUACACCUGGGACAAGACCACUUAUGGAAAUGGCAAGAAGUACAUUGCCACAGCCUACGUAGUGUCUUCUACCCAAUAGAGCUUGCAUCCAGAUGGGUUAUGAGGGCAGAGGGCCAAGCUUGAUCCAGGUGCUAUUUGCUCUGUACUGGGGAGGGGUGGAAGGAGUCUGGGAGGAACCCCAAAGCCCAGAUUUAUGAAAGAGAUCUCAAAUCUAGAUACACUUAGAAAAAAUGCAAAAAAUCAGCCAAAUGUUUGUCUUCUUCUAUUUUAGCAACAUGAACUAGGAAAUAGAGGCCCUCUCUGCCUGGAAAAGGUAGCAGCCCUCGAGAGUUCUUUAAAGAGUAGUGGGGCCAUGAGCAUGUCCUUGGCCUUACAUUUCCCUUUAAUGUGAAGGGGAGGGGUCUUUCCCCUUUCCUGCUUGAGGCUUGGGGAGAGGGUGACUCAGACAGUAUUAUGACUGUGACGGUGCCUUCAGUUGUUCGUAGGAAGAACAGGGGGUAGAAAUUUGGGAUUUCCAGACGGCUGUCACUGCUCACAGCUCUGCAAUUGACUCAGCCUCGUGCUGGGCCCCAAGGAAGCAGGCCUUAGAACCAAGCAGGAGAGUCUUGGAGAGUCAAAUCUCUGACAGCAAAGUCAGGGGUUGAGCAGUAAGUGGGCCAGGGCAGGUGGCCUCCUCAGUCCUAGAUGUCUGUGUGGCCACCUCAGCCACACACUUCUAGAAGUUUCCCGCUUGCAAAUGUUUAGCGCAGUUACAGACAUGUGCUUUGUCCCACAUAGUGCUUUGCUUUGUGUCAAAAGAGCACCCCUCGUAGGAGGAAGACUGAACAUCAAAGGAAGAAAAGAAACUAUAACUUGGUGUCACUGAAAAUUAUGCUAAUGUUUAUCCAGCUGCCGUAAUUUGAAACAUUCUAGGUUGGUAGAAGAGAGACCCUGGGAUUCCUGUUUCAAUCUCUAUGAUGUAUUUAUUCCCCCCUGUUGCUCAGAAGCCAGAUGUGGCCCCAUAGAGCCAGGCUUGUACCACAGCUUAGAGGCAUCGAGUUUCCCAUUAAAGUUACUGAAGAAAACCUGAAA